AUGACAAAAGACCAGAGAGAAGCCUAUAAGCCUGAGGGGGCUAUUUAUUAUGAUGACGGCCGGGAAGAGCGACUCCUGGAAUUUAUUCAAUCUCAUCCAAACUACAAAUCGAUGCAAGGAAAACCAGAGAUAAUAAUGGCCGCAAUUGAUGAGUACGGACAUAAACAUGACUUCCUCAUGAAUGUUGGCUGGGAAAAGGGCAAAAUUGUGGCCGAGAAACUGAUUCCCGAGUUACGACCCGAUUUCAUGAUUGAGUUGGGAGGCUAUGUGGGAUACUCUGCUUUGUUCUUCGGCAGUGCACUAAAGCGCGCUCGUGGCCGCAAAUAUUUGAGUCUCGAGGCAAGCCCUAAGUUUGCCGCUGUAGCUGCGGCUUUGGUGGAACUUGCCGGAUUGGACGACGUAGUAGAAAUCAUCGUGGGUCCCUGUCGGGACUCUCUCCGUCAAAUCCGGCAGACUUACCCGACUGGCGCAGUUGAUGUGCUCUUCAUUGAUCAUGCAAAGAUUCAUUAUGUCAAUGAUUUGAAGCUAUGUGAAGAGCUCAGUCUGGUGAGACCCGGGACAACUGUGAUCGCCGAUAAUGUGAUUUGGCCAGGAGUUCCCGAGUACCGGGCCUACGUGAAAGAGCCGAUCGCGGGCAAGAUCUACCGUAUGCAGCAGGAGCAAAAGGCACAGAUGACUUCCUUGGAAGAUCCAAGUAAAGAAAUAUCCCUGGGGAACCCAUACUUGACCUACGACACUACUCUGAUUGAAAGUUGGGGGCCAACUGGUGAACCUGAUGGCCUAGAGGUCUCCCGCUGUGUGAAACUUGAAAGUGAUUAG